CAAUGUUAACGAUGGAGCGCGCUGCAGUUACCUGUCCGCAAAAAGAACCAUACGCUCGGAUACCGGACGAUUUACACGAUACGGAUGACGUUCGGUCGGAGGAUGACGACGAGGAACUGACAGUUGAUGUAGAGCAUGACGAUAACGCUUUGUGUCCGGUUGACUUGACGCGUAGGGAAAAAUUCCCGGAACCCGGUGGUGAUUUCACGGUGGCUUUCAAUGAGGAUUUGAAGCGGUCGGACAGUGUCUGUAGUGAGGGGAGCAGGAGCAGGAGUCCGAGGGACCACAGUCCGUCGGUGGUACCACACCAGAACCGACGGCUAGCGUUCUCGGUGGAGAAUAUUUUAGAUCCGAACAAGUUCACAGGAAGGCAGGCGAUGUUCGGUGACAGGCUGUGCUGUUGGAAGCCGCUGGAAACGUCUAGGGAUUCGCCGGAUUUUGAUGGCAGUGAGACAGUUAAAGACCACCAAUCCGACGACGACGACGACCUCCGCAGCGACGUGAGCGAGGACCCCAAAGACCCCGGCUCCAAAAAGAAAAAGGGCGACUCAAAAUCACAAAACGCGGGCAAACCACGGCGCGCCCGUACCGCCUUCACCUACGAACAGUUGGUCGCCCUCGAGAACAAGUUCAAAACGACGCGCUACCUGAGCGUGUGCGAACGGCUCAACCUGGCCCUUAGCCUGAGUCUUACAGAGACCCAGGUAAAAAUCUGGUUCCAGAACCGUCGCACCAAGUGGAAGAAGCAGAACCCGGGCAUGGACGUGAAUUCUCCCACCGUGCCUCCGCCCAGUUCUGGAGGUGGGUUUGCGGGUUUCCCCGGGCAUCACGCGCAUUCUGGACUUUUGUACUCUCAUCACGUACCGUACGGGUCGGUUUAUCCUCUGCAACCGGCCGGUUCGGGUACGUAUACGCCGUACUUCCAUCUGACGAAUCACAGUCACAAUUUAGGGUCGUGAGUGUCGACUUAAGUAAAAUUAUGGAUUUCAUUGUAAAAAGUAGUGAUUAGUGAUAACGUUAAAAAAUACUCAAAUUUGUGAUGAGAUUGAACAUUUAUGUGAUGAAGAGACUUAGUAAUAAAAGUUGUCUUUUUUGUAUGAAAUGUACAUAAUAUUUAUAAUAUUUAGUAUAGAAAUAGAAUAAGACAUUCGUUGAACAUAUUGUAGGUACUUAUUAUGAAUGUUAUGGAUUUUUUUACUAUGAUUAUAAAAGACUAAGAAUUUUUUUUAUUCAAAGUUU